AGGAGAUCUCGGCUUUGCUGUUUAGUAUAUUCGAGAUUAGUUUCCAUGUUAUGUGAUGAAACCCAAAUUUGGGUUUGAAAGAGGAAGAAGGAAGGAGAAGAGAGAGAGAGAGAAAGAAUAAGAAGGAAGAAGGAUGAGCAAGGAAAGGAAAGGAGGAAGAAGAUGAAGUUUGCGAGAGAACCCAGAUCUGGGUUUGCAGAGGCAAGGGAAAAGGAAAGUCCUCCUCCUCGAUUGGAUGGUGUUUCAAUGCGUCACCGAGUUGAAAACCUUCCUGAUGUGUUGUUUGGGAAACCCUUUGAAAACCAAAUAAUUAAGGGUUUUGGGAACAUCCAUAAUUGGGUGAAAAGGUUAUUUGGGAUGAAAAGUUAUGAUUGUCAUGUUUUCAUGCAACGACUAAUUCCAGUUGCUUUUCGUGGUUUAUUGCCAUCUGCUAUUUGGGGUCCUUUGAUCGACAUUAGUAACUUCUUUCGUUCACUUUGUUCCUCGGUCAUUAAAGUUACUGAGAUGCAGAAGUGGGAGGCAAAGAUUGUUGAAAUAAUUUCCAAAGUUGGUGGUCCUGUUCAAUUUCGUUGGAUGUACCCAUUUAAAAGGCGCAUGCGCAAACUUAAGAGUACCAUAGGGAAUAAAAAUCAUGUUGAGGCAUCAAUUGUUGAGGCAUUUAUAUUAUACGAGAUAUCCCACUUUUGCUCUCGUUAUUUUGGGGAUGAUGUUGAGACAAGUUGGAAUCAGCCUCCAAGGAACUAUGGUGGCAUUGGAACCAAUGUCCCAAGAGGUUGAUGUUUGGGUAACUAAAUUUGAGGAAGAAGUUGGUGCAAAUUUGUCACAUGAACAACUACAAAGAUUGCGAACAAAUAAUUUAGUUCAAU